UGCAGGUUGAAGCAGUAUUAGACAAGGAAAACUUCACAUUGGAAGAGCUCCUCGAUGAGGAAGAGAUAAUUCAAGAAUGCAAAGCUUUAAACAGCCGCCUCAUAAAUUUUUUGAGAGAUCGAGCCCAGGUUGAGCAGUUACUGCGCUACAUUGUUGAAGAACCUUCUGAGGAUGCCGAUAACAAACGGAAGUUUAAAUUUCCUUUCAUUGCCAGUGAGAUAUUCACCUGUGAAAUUGAUGUCAUCCUUAAGACUCUAGUGGANCCUUAAGGCUCUAGUGGAAGAAGAAGAGCUCAUGAAUUUACUCUUUUCCUUCUUGGAACCAAGUCGUCCACAUAGUGCAUUGCUUGCUGGGUAUUUUAGUAAGGUUGUGAUAUGCCUCAUGUUGCGGAAGACUGUUCCCCUCAUGAAUUAUGUCCAGGCGCAUCAUGAUGUUUUCCGCCAGAUGGUCGAUUUGAUUGGUAUAACAUCCAUAAUGGAGGUUUUGGUGCGACUUGUAGGUGCCGAUGAUCAAAUCUACCCCAACACAUCGGAUGUGAUGCAAUGGUUAACUGACAGCAAUUUGUUAGAAAUGAUCGUGGAUAAAUUGAGCCCCUCUAGUCCUCCUGAAGUACAUGCUAAUGCAGCAGAGACCCUAUGCGCAAUUACCAGAAACACCCCAUCACCUCUGGCCACUAAAUUAUCUAGUCCAAGCUUUGUUUCAAGGAUAUUUUGUCAUGCCCUUGAAGAUUCACAGUCAAAGUCUGCCCUUGUCCAUUCUUUGACUGUCUGCAUAUCUCUGUUGGAUUCAAAAAGAUCAAUCCCAUCAUUUAUGAUGUAUUCCUUCCGGAGCCAGCAUGUUUAUGAGUCACCCGUGCAUGUCAGCCCUGACACUAUUGACGCAAUGUUGCCUAAACUUGGUGACUUGGUCAAGCUGUUGAAUGUGACCUCUGAUGAGAAGAUUCUGCCUACGACAUAUGGUGAACUAAGACCACCUCUAGGGAAGCAUCGCUUAAAGAUUGUGGAAUUCAUUUCUGUGCUACUGAAAGCUGGCAAUGAAACUGCAGAGAAAGAGUUGAUCAGCUCUGGGACGAUUGAGAGAGUCCUGGAUCUCUUUUUUGAGUACCCUUAUAACAAUGCAUUACAUCAUCAUGUGGAGAGUAUAAUAUACUCAUGCUUGGACAGCAAAAACAAUAUCAUUGUCGACCAUCUUUUCGAUGAGUGUAAUUUGAUUGGGAAGAUACUUCAAACGGAUAAGCAGGCCACAAUUUCUAGUGAUGAAAAACAGCCAACUUUACCUGCUACUGCGAAACAAGCACCCCGAGUGGGUAACAUAGGACAUAUAACACGGAUUUCUAACAAACUUGUUCAGUUGGGAAAGAAUGACAACCACAUCCAAGAACAACUUGAGAAAAAUAUGGAAUGGAGUGAUUGGCAAAUUACCGUCUUACAGGAGCGUAAUACGAUCGAAAAUGUCUACCGAUGGGCUUGUGGCCGGCCAACUGCAUUGCAAGACCGGAUGAGGGACAGUGAUGAGGAAGAUGUGCAUGAUAGAGAUUAUGAUGUAGCAGCUUUAGCCAAUAAUCUUAGCCAAGCAUUUCGAUACACCAUAUAUGACAAUGAUGAUGCUGAAGAGGGUCAUGCAGCUCUUGAUCGAGAUGAUGAGGAUGUUUACUUUGACGAUGAAUCUGCUGAAGUUGUGAUAUCAUCCCUCCGAUUGGGAGAUGACCAGGGGAGCAGUUUAUUCACAAACUCAAACUGGUUUGCUUUUCAAGAUGAUAGACUUGGCGAUGCACCUAUGAACACCUCACCUACAGAGGCAAUGGAAGAGAUCAACCUUAAUGGAACAUCAAAUGAUGGGAAUAGCAAUAGUGAUGACGAGGUAGUAGUAGGAGAGGAGGACGAAUUGGCUGAGAGCAAAAAUUCUACAGAUACAACACCCACUUCUACUUCAAAUGCUGUUAGUGGAUUGGGUGGAUCGGAUUCUGUCAAUGGUGGUAACUUCAGUCAACAAAGCGAGAAAGCAGGUGUGUCAGAUGACAUGGGUUUCUUCCGCUUUGAGACGUCAGACAAUGAUGACCCCUUUGGAGACAGGCCUAUGCCUGAAUGGGCAGCGUGGGGGGAUGCGUCAGAUUUUCAAGUUGGUAGAUCCUCUGUGAACCCAUUUGAAGAUCCUAGUAACUCUAGUGGCCAUCUGGCCAAUUCAGGGGAGGCAACAACUCCCUUGGUAAGUUCCACUUCUGGUGGUAGUGGAGAAUCUCUUCCAAAUGGUGUCUCAACAUCUCUGGAUUCUAGCAAAACUUCAACUGGAUCUGAUUCUAGUCAGAAAGCAGCUGCUGUUCCUUCUUUGUUUGAAGAGGAUGUUGAAUUUGUUGGCGUAGAAUUAGAGGGUACUGAAAAGGCAAUGGAACAUGCUCUUAAGGAGGGGAUUGUUGGGGAGGCUGCUCCUUUGAAAAGGAGCACUGUUCCUAAGAAUCCUGAAAAGGAGAGUACAGAUGAUGGUGGGGCAGGAAUAAAGGAAUACAAUGAUGCAAACUACUGGAGAGUUGACCAAGAAGUUGCAGUACUGGAGUAACUGUAUGCGGAAAUCCGUUGAUCUUCAUUUGAACCUGGGAUUCAGCGCUGAUUGCUUGGAUCCCCAUUUUUAGUUGGUGAGGUUAUGCAGCCAGUUGUGUACAGUGGACUUGUUCUCUGAUUGGGAUCAAACAGUAGGCUAAUAUAAUGGUUGUAACUUAUUAGUUACUGUUACACUUGAUGUUUAUUGUUCAGCUUCUUUUUUUCCCAGUUAUCAAAUUUUUGAUCUCUUCUCCCUAUACAUUAUGAAUAUUGUAUCUGGUGUAAAAUCUGGAUAAAGUAGUUCCAGUUUAAGGCAGGCUCAAGGGCUGCAGUGUUGGAAUAA